CACGGUUCGAGUUUAAUAAACUUGAACAAGUGCAGAAUUGAUUGCCAAGUCAUCGAUCCACGUGCAUCGAGCGAAAAGGGCCACAAUUGACUGACAUAGGACGACGUGGAUCGAGGUUAUUAAACUCGACUUACAUGGAUCGAGCACAGGAGACUCGAACUAACAGACCUGGAUCGAUGAUAUAAGCAGCGCUCCACCCUAGAUCGAGUUACCGGGAAACGAUCUAGGCCGUUCGAUGGCCAUAUCAGCGAAGCAGUGGUGACGUGGAUUGAGUGGGCGGAACGCGAUGAAGGUGGAUCGAUUCUUUGGAAAUCGAUCCAUUAGACGCGGAUCGAUGACGUCAGACACGCUCUAUCGUAGAUCGAGUAUUCCAAACUCGAUCUGGGUCGUUCGAUCUGUCAUCCCUCGAGCUGCUUUUGACGCAGAUCGAAGACACCAAACUCGAUGAUGUGGUUUGAGUGACCUAAACUCGAUCCACUUCCUCCCACAAAACCUAUAAAUACCCCCUUCCAUUCCACCAAAGCUCACUCCACUCCAUUCUUCUUCCUCUCUUCCUCCACCACUCUAAACCCGAUCUUCCGCAUCAAAUUUUUUUCUUUAGUUUGGUACUUCUAUCACUCAAAAUUGUCGAGAUGGACCCGAGUAUUUACAAUCCUAGAUUAUACAUUCAAGACGGACCGCGAGAAACCUAUUUGUUGGAUGCACAACCUUACCAUCGGUCUGAAAGUGUUUGGGCGGUUGAUCCGGUAAGCACUUCCUCAUGUACUUUUCUUUUUUUAAAUGUGAUAGUAUUCUUCUAAUUUUUUUGUAUAAUAAUUAAUGUUUUUUCUACAGGAACAACUUGACGUAAUCACCCAUCGGUCGCUAUCUCGCUUGCCUAAAUGGGAUGAUCGGAUCGAGCCCUUCAUUGAAAGAGCGCGAUUGCUGAGGGUGCGAAAAUUUGUGGGUAUGGAGAUGGACAACAACCUUCUUAGAACAAUGGUGGAAAGAUGGAGAAAAGAAAUGCACACAUUCCACCUUCUGGAGGAAGAGAUGACGAUUACGUUGAAGGACGUGGCCAUGCUGACAGAGCUUCCAUUCGAUGGUGAUGCAAUAAUAGAAAGUUCACAGAAACCAUUGAAUGGUUGGGGCCAAUUUAUAAGCGAGCGUUUAGGCAUCAACAUCCCCGAGGAAGCACUACAAGGUCGUCGUGUAGCACCUCUACACAAGUCUAUGCUAUUGAUACCUUGGCUAGUGAGGAUCGCUGGAGAAUUACCGGAGGAUGCCACGAAUGCUCAGAUAGAGAGGUAUGCUCGCAUCUACCUGAUUUGUUUGGUUGGAGGAUUUUUGUUUUCGAACAAGUCUUGUGAAAAUAUGCAUUGUAUGUGGCUUCGAGUUCUUUUGGAAGAUUGGGACGAGAUUGGGAGAAAAAGUUGGGGAUCUGCUUGUUUGGCGAUGAUAUAUUCGGAGUUGUGCAAGUGUACGGACCCGAAAACAAAGCAAGCGGGUGGUCCCAUGUUCAUCCUCCAACUAUGGGUUUGGGAGCACCUUCCUACUUUUGCUCCGAUCUGCCCUGCCAACAGUUGGGGUCCCGAAGAGCCACUACGACAAUCGGCUUAUGGUGCUAGAUUGAUUGGAGCUAUCAUGAGACUCACCUCUCUAGACGGGUACCGCCAACAUCUUGACCGUAAAGAAUUUAACGAGAUAACAUUCUAGCUUAUGAUUAUGAAUGCUAAUUUAUUUGUUGAAAUUAUUUGUCUUAGCCCAUGAUUUAUUUUUAUGAUUACGAAUCCUAUUUUAUUUGUUGAAAUUAUUUGUCUUGGCCCAUGAUUUAUUUUUAUGAUUACGAAUCCUAUUUUAUUUUUUGAAAUUAUUUGUCUUGGCCCAUGAUUUAUUUUUAUGAUUACGAAUCCUAUUUUAUUUGUUGAAAUUAUUUGUCUUGGCGCAUGAUUUAUUUUUAUGAUUAUGAAUCCUAUUUUAUUUGUUGAAAUUAUUUGUCUUGACCCAUGAUUUAUUUUUAUGAUUAUGAAUCCUAUUUUAUUUGUUGAAAUUAUUUGCUUCGAUAUUAAUUUAUUUGUCGUGUUGAAACUUAGGUGGAGUGGGAUCCGUAUCUGAAAGGAGCAAAAGGAUUUAUACGAGUUGCGAUACCCUGAGGAUCGUCAACUCUGAUCGUGCAAGUUGCCUGUGAUUUGCCACAACAUUGUCGAGUGGCACCUCCCGGAUAGAUGUGUCCGACAAUAUAAUUGGGCGCAACCGAUUCCUCUCCCACCACCGGACGUACAUAAGUCACUCCACAAGUACAUCAAGGAUUUGCGGGGUACAAUCAGUGAUUGGCCAACCAAGCACCAUAGAUGGAUUGAAAUGUGGGAGUCUCGUCAGACGUAUGCAAUUGAUGGCAUCCCAAUGACGAGGCUAAUGGGGGUACCAAGAUGAAUACAUGGUUUGGUACCGC